UUCGGUAGAAGCCUUUAUGAGAGGCUAAGUUUAAUAGGAUACUCAAAGCACCUAUUAGAUACACAAUAUAGGAUGCAUCCAUUGGUGAGUUACUUCCCAAAUUCAAAAUUUUAUGGAAAUAAGAUUAUGGAUGCUUCCAUUGUAAUGAAUAAAGAGUAUGAAAAAGAAUACCUUCCAAGUCCUCUAUUUGGUCCAUAUUCUUUUAUCAAUGUUUGUGGUGGAGAAGAAGAAAGCAAUGGUGAUGGACAAAGCAAGAAGAAUAUGGUUGAGGUAACUGUUGUUACCCAAAUUAUCCAAAUGCUUUACAAAGCAUGGUGCAAAAACAAGAAAGAUAUUAGCAUUGGGAUAAUAUCUCCUUACAAUGCACAAGUUUCAUCAAUUCAAGAAAAACUUGGAAGAAAAUAUGAGAAGAAGAAUAACGAAGGAUUUGGAGUAAAAGUAAAGUCAAUUGAUGGUUUUCAAGGUGGUGAAGAGGAUGUAAUCAUAAUAUCUACAGUUAGAUCCAACAAUGGACACAACAUUGGAUUCCUCUCAAAUAAACAAAGAACCAAUGUUGCUCUCACAAGAGCAAGGUUCUGCCUUUGGAUCGUGGGAGAUGCAAAAACUUUAGGAAAGAGCAAUUCAGAGUGGAGAGAUGUUAUUGAUGAUGCCAAGACUCGCCGAUGUUUCUUUAAUGUUGAGGAGAACAAAGAGUUGGCAAAUGAAAUGAGAAUGAUGAAAACUUGGCAAAUGUCUGAUAUCAAACAGGAGAUCCUCAAACUUGAUAAUAUUUACAACAGUAAUCACGUCUAUGGAAGAGUUUGAUUUCUAUUUACACUUAUGAAGAUUAUGGUUAAUGGGUGUUAAGUUUUUAGCUUGUUAAUGGUAUAUAUACAGUGCCAUGCAUUUAGUUUGUUGAUAGUAUUUGUUUCAGUCUCAUGGUCUGUUUCUGUUUUUAGUUUGUUGGUGAUCUUUAUUGUUCGGGUUAUGUUUUUUAUAUUUGCUUUGA